AGUAGCAACUAAUCCUAUCAUAUUGAAAGAAAAUUGUAAAUGCUCUCUUCAGAAAUUAUCUGCCCAUUGCAGCUAAUCGAACACAUAUCCUACCCACAUUACAUACACAUACACAACACACACUUUUAGUGCACCCGACUUUUCCAAGCCCCGGUGUACACACACACACACAUACACACACACACACACACACACACACACACACACACACACCGCAGUAGAAAUUUCGAAGGGGGUGAGUUCUGGAUCUUGGAUUUUGCCAUUUCAAAUAAUCAGGGACACAUUGAAGGAUUGUUUUAUCCCCAACUGUCAACCCUGCCUUCCAUUCCCUUGCUUCUGGAAUAGAAUGCGUCCCGCCUCCUGAUCACUUGUACUAUUUUCUCUGUUAUGUUUGCCCCAUCGGAUCCAUCUCAAUGGUGAAAAACAGACCAUGGGAGAGAGACAACAAGCGGAUAGCUCCGGACUUUGAGCAUUUCACUGGGAGCCCAAAUGCCAGGGCUUCCAAAUAGGUAAUCCGCUGCUCCCUGAUCCUCGUCUUUGAAAAUCAAAUAGCCUGCACCAGGGAGUAUAUGCAACUUCUGCUAACCCGAGAGCAGGUUUAAAUAGUCAAUUGGACACCUGGCUACUUAUCAGAGAAACCCAAAAUGAAUAACUCAACAAGCCCAAACUCCACUAACAAUGGAAUGGCUCUUCCAAGUCCAUAUAAAACAGUGGAAGUGAUAUUCAUUGUAUUGGUAGCAGGAUCACUCAGUUUGGUCACCACCAUUGGAAAUAUCCUUGUCAUGGUCUCCAUUAAAGUUAAUCGUCACCUGCAGACUGUCAACAACUACUUUUUGUUCAGCUUGGCAUGUGCUGACCUCAUCAUAGGAGCCUUUUCCAUGAACUUAUACACUCUCUACACUGUGAUUGGCUACUGGCCUUUGGGGCCUGUGGUGUGUGACCUUUGGUUAGCCUUGGACUAUGUUGUCAGCAAUGCCUCUGUUAUGAACCUACUCAUUAUCAGCUUUGACAGAUAUUUUUGUGUCACCAAACCACUAACCUAUCCAGUCAAGAGGACCACCAAAAUGGCAGGCAUGAUGAUUGCAGCUGCCUGGGUCCUCUCUUUUGUACUGUGGGCACCUGCCAUUCUCUUCUGGCAGUUCAUUGUAGGGGUAAGGACCGUGAAGGAGGGAGAGUGCUACAUUCAAUUUUUCUCCAAUGCUGCUGUCACUUUUGGCACAGCCAUCGCCGCCUUCUACUUGCCUGUGAUCAUCAUGUCAGUCUUAUACUGGCACAUAUCCCGAGCCAGCAAGAGCCGGAUAAAAAAGGACAAAAAAGAAGCUGUGGCAAACCAGGAUCCAGUUUCUCCAAGUCUAGUCCAAGGCAGAAUUGUGAAGCCAAACAACAACAAUAUUCCUAGCAAUGAUGAUGGCCUGGAGCAUAACAAAAUCCAAAAUGGAAAAGCUACCAGAGAUGCAGUGACUGAAAACUGUAUUCAAGGGGAAGAAAAAGAGAGUUCUAAUGAUUCCACCUCUGUCAGUGCCAUGGCUUCUAACAUUAAAGAAGAUGAGAUAACCAGAGAGGAAAACACAAUUUCCACCUCCCAGGGUCAUUCCAAAGAAGAAAAUUCCAAGCUGACCUGUAUCAAAAUUGUCACUAAGACCCAGAAAGGUGACUACUGUGCUCCCACUAAUACCACUGUGGAGAUUGUUGGUCCUCCAGGACAGAAUGGGGAUGAUAAACAGAAUAUUGUUGCCCGCAAGAUUGUGAAGAUGACUAAGCAGCCUGCAAAAAAGAAACCUCCUCCAUCCAGAGAAAAGAAGGUGACCAGGACUAUCUUGGCUAUCCUAUUGGCUUUCAUCGUUACUUGGACCCCAUACAAUGUCAUGGUGCUUAUAAACACCUUCUGUGCAACCUGUGUCCCCAAUACAGUAUGGACAAUUGGCUACUGGCUCUGUUACAUCAAUAGCACCAUCAACCCUGCUUGCUAUGCAUUAUGCAAUGCAACUUUCAAGAAAACCUUCAAACACCUUCUCAUGUGUAAUUACAAGAACAUAGGAGCCACAAGGUAAAAGGUCUCAAAGAUAAGAGAAGGAAACCAAGGGAUUAAUAGAGAGGCUAGAUGGGGAAACCAGUUCCCAAUUUUUAAAACUAUGCCAUAGCACUUUACAUGAUUAGUAUGAAAUGUGCAAUCAAGAAAUGCAGUAAAGACACUCAUCGUGGGGCCUCUGCUCCACUCUUGGAGAAUUGCACUUUAUUUUUUUUUAAAUCGAAGAGCAAUGAGGAAAGAGAAGGAACCAACUGAAGACAUGGAUUUAAGCCAAUGUUACCUGUUUCCUGAGAGCAUCACAUAGAAGGGCUUUCUCAUGUCUCUAUAGUUUUUUGUCUGUUCCUGUACAAGAGCAAUCAAAUCUCUUUUUAAAAUCAAUUGGGAUUAUUUGUUCCUGUGUGUAUCUCUGAGGAUAAUAUACAACAUGUAGUGACUUUUAUUGGAAAUUAGACAUUAAUUAUAUAAAUAGUUUAUUAAGAAGCAGAGGGGAAAGACAAUGGAUAUUGAUAUCACAUUGUGCAGAUGAUCUGCAAAGCAUCAAGCUGAUACAGUGGCUUUGUCAGAAUCUUAUUUGGAAAACUGUAGUGUAACAAAUGUGCAUUUAUCCAUCCCUAUAUCUUUCGCUUCUCCAAAAGGGAGCACGGCAAGGUUUUCUUUACCUUGCUGGGUCAUCACAGUACUGUGUUGCUCUACUCUCCUUUUCAUUGUAUCUCUAUAUCCCAAUAGGGAUGUUCCUACUGAGUUUUCAUUGAGCUGAGCAACACAGGCAUGGGCAUGGGGCUUCUUCCUGCUCAUUGUAUCUUUGGGACUUUCUUGAGGUAAGACUCAAUGGAACUUUAAUUUCUUUGAGCUCUUAUAUAUAAUGUUUCCCUCUGAACUGGGUUUCAUCUCAAUUAACUUCUAAUUUUGUAAAAUAAAUAAAGGAAAACCUGUCCAAGGCAGGAUGGAGAAUCAAAACCAUCUGCAAAAUGAAGGGUUUCAUCAAAUUAGUCACCAGGAAGUUUGGUUGGAAAUCCCAAAAAGAGACCAGAUCAUUUUAGAAAUGAGGAAAAAUAAUAGGGAAAAAUGAGGGUAAAGCAAGAGAAGACUAUUUCCAAUAGCUAUAAACAUCCUGUUCAGGAUCUGCCUGACAUGAUAAAUCUUAUCCUAUAAAAAGAUGAAUUCUUUGUUGGUGUCAAUCAUGAAGAGGGCUCUACUUCUUCCCAAACUGGAUUAACAUAGUUACCUCAAAUCUCUCCUGGUUUGAACCCAAGAAUAAAACUUUUCUAAAGUCCUUCUUGUCUAACAAUGCCUGUCAGCACAUUCAAUAGAGCUGGGGUAUCUCCUUAUUAAAAUUAAAACACAGGAUGAGAUAGGUAUUUUGAUUUCACCCCUGAGAAUGGAAAAGACAAAUUCAAAUCUAAUUCCCUUAUCAGCAUGUUAAAUAGGCUUCAAACCAUCAAUUCCUUCUGUAUUAGCUCAACUCCCCAGUCUUUCUAUCUAUAGAUUAAUUUUAGUCUUUUGUUGUUGUUGUGUUGAUAAUAUAAGUUAUGAUCAAACUGAGGACAGAGUGAACUCAAUAAAAUCUAUUAGAUAAAUAAAUGUAGGUGAGUUUUCCAAUUUCAUUUUCUUACUAUCCCUCUAGUUCCUGACAUAAGAAAAAGCAGAGACUUUGUUAUCAAGAAUAUCUGUACAUAGCAUCCCUCACAUUAAAAAUUGCUAGUUGCCAAUCCAAAUAUAUCUAGCUUGUGUUAACUUUUAUUAGCAUAGUUUACCAUCACUUCAUAUAUGAUAGUUUUUCAACCCAAACUUUGGAAGUAUAACCUUUUAAAUUGAGGAAUAGUUUCCACUGUAAGAUAUAUAUUUACUGUUGAAUUUUUGCUGAGUUUCACAUUCUUUGAGUAUAUCAAACAAUGUUAGGCAUAGUUCCUAAAAGGAUGAAGAUGAAACAUUCAUGUAUGGGGUAGUGCAUACAGGAGAGAUACAAAGACUUAGCCUUUGAGACACUUGAUUAUAUACAUUAGCCAAUUUAAUUAUUAUUUUAAAACAACAACAAAAGAAAACAAUCACAUUAAAUUACUAAUUUGAAUUUUCCAAAAUUAUUUUUUAUUUGAUAUCAACUUUAAAAAAAUGUUUCAUGUGUAUAAACACAAUUAAUGUAGUUUCCAUCACAAUGAUGUUUCAAAGUCAAACUUUGAUUUUCUGCCUCAGCUUAUUGAAAACAUCUAUGAACAAAUGAUUGAUGAAGAAAAAAAAACACACACAAUCAAAUGGUCAAGUUGUGUGAUAUUUGUAAAAAAAAAAAAGCAAAAGUUCUGAUUAAGUAAUGGGGAAAUGCUUAAUUCAAAUAUUGAGGAUUCAAGGUUCUAGAUACCUGUCGAAUAUAAUGCUUCCUGAUCCCCCUGAAGGGUUGUUCAUCUGAAAGACUGCUGUAUUCGCUAUAGGUUCUAAUGAACAACAUUGCCACUAACUAAGAAAUGACCUUCAUUCCUAUCAAAAUUUGAAUAUAUUAUCUCAUUAGUGUCUUUUAACAACCUUUAAGUGGUGUCUUAUAAGUAUUAUUACCAUCAUUUUAUAGCUGAGGAAACUAAGGAUCAGACAUUGAGAGACUCACUCAUGAUCACUUGGUUAGUAACAAUAGAGAAAGAAUUCAAACCAGGGUCUUCUUUGCUUUGAGUUCAUUGCUCUAUUCAUAUCCCACAAUACUUACCUAUAUCUACUGCCUGAGUGACAUUGGUCAAAUUACUUAAACUCUUUGGUUUGCUAUUUCUCCAUCUAUAAAAUGAUGGUAUUGAAUUAGAUAAAGUUUUGAACCCCUUCAAGUUCAAAAUGUAUGCUCUUGAAAUCCCACAACUGGUGAUGAUAUGUAUGACUUGUAGAACUCAGUAAAAUGGAGAUUAGAAGGCAUUUAACAAAAGUUAGUGAAAGAUUGAGACUUUUCGCUAAAUUAAACCAAAGUGUGGACAGUGUUGCAAACUGAAAAAUAGAGAACUUUCAUGAGAAACAUGAACAAGCUAUCUGAAAUAUUUUAUAUCUAACAUUCAUGGAUAUAUCUAUUUGCAAGAUCUCUAAAAAUUAGAAGUAAAAAAAGAAUCCACCAUUUUCCAAGUCAAAAUGGAAAAUGCUCAUCUUUUUAAAGAAAACUCAUACUAAUCUAUUAUCUCUCAUAGCUAUUACUUUCCACUGAAUCCAGUUUAUCUAUGAGAAAUGGGCAUGUUAGAAGCUAAGACAAAACCAGACAAGGCAUAUCCUUCUGGCUCUUUUAGCCUCUUUGAAUUGCCAUGUAAUGGACUAAGUUGAAUUAAGAAUAAGAAUAUGGAAUCCAAUUCUCAAAUAUGAAACAAUAGUUCCAAAAUAUGAAAAACUUAGACUCUGUAUCCCCUAUCAUACCAUUUUGUUGGAUAAUAUGAUGACUUUAAAAAAAUUCAAGCCACUACAUUACAAUGUUUAGAAACAGGAACCAAAUAAUGAUCACAGGAAGUCUUUGUCUUUAGAUGGACUAUUGUCUAUCAGAAUUACAGCUUUCUUUUUUCCUAUAUAUAAAACACAUAGUCUAUACUAAAAGCACUAAGUUGUCUUGUUUUUUCUAAAAAGUUUCCUUUUCCUUUAGCUCCUAUUUGUCACAGCCUCAUAGCAAUGAGUUAAAGAAUUGAAGUCUAUAUGUUUGGGGCGCCUGAAAUGGAUAGAUUGAACAGCUAAUAUUUUCUCUUAAUUCCCCUCUUACCCAUGAACUUGUUAAAUCUUAGUUUUAAAGAGUUAAACCAUGGUCUUUAACUUGUCAAAUCCUGAGAGAUACCUUUUGAAUAGAUAGACAUGGAUUUAACUUUGUAUUCCAUACAGUCCUGCUUUGUUUUGUUUUGUUUUGUUUUAUUGACCACUUAUGUUUUUGACAACCAAGAUGGGUAGUUGGUAUAAGAGUUAAAACACAAAGACACAAUUUUAAAAUGGUGGCAAUAUCUAUAAGACCAUACAUAAGGCUCCUUCUUUUGUAUGAGAGACUUAUGCUAACAGUCUAUUUUUGUUGUAAUUCACUCAAUUCAACUAAUCUGUCAUCUGGUUUAAUAACCAUCCUUUUUACAAAUAUAGCACUAAAGUUACAAAGCAAGAAAGCACACAAUGCUGGGUGAAAUUGUGCAAAGUGUAUAUUCAGCAUGUACAUACAAUAUACUGGGCCUUUUAAAUAUGCUUAUCUUAAAAGGGUGCACGCUACAGCAUGAAUUAUGUGCAUAAUUACUGUAUCUUACUGGAAAAUGCUGUAUGCAUACCAUAUAUGCCCUCUACAUGAAAAUAUAAAUUAAAAUGUACAAUAGAUAUACCUAUUUCUGUAUUUACAUAAAUAUGAUGUGCACACACAAUUUUAAUAUGUAAUAUGAUCCAUAUCGCAUAAAGAGAUGUGUUGAUCUACUUUUUAAGUAGUUGGAGUAGAUUUUGAUGUAUCCAUUAUUAAAAAGAAAUAGUAUUUGUUUUUAAAGGAGGAAAGUUCAUUGAAUAAAGCCAAAACCCUACUAUAUUAAAACUGUUUUAUAACCUGCAAUAGCAUGGCUUUGGUUUUAAAUAUCUUAGAAGAAAAAUAUAAUAAACCUUUACUGAUCUAGACCAAUG